AUGUUCUUAUUUAAUUUUUUCAAAGACAUGUUGGGCUAUUUAGGUCUAUAUAAAAAAAAUGGAAAAAUAUUAUUCUUAGGUUUAGAUAAUGCUGGCAAAACUACAUUAUUAAGAAGAUUAAAAGACGGAAGAAUGAUUUAACAUGAUCCAACUCCAUAAGCCCAUACUGAAGAAUUAGUUUUAGGAAAUGUAAGAUUCAAAGCAUUUGAUUUAGGUGGUCAUGAAGCUGUAAGAAAAACAUGGAAGAACUAUUAUUCAUCAAUUGAUGCUAUAGUAUAUUUAGUAGAUAGUUCUGAUCAUGUAAGAUUUUCAGAAUCAAGAAUAGAAUUUAAUAAAAUUUUAAAUACUCCUGAAUUAGCAAAAGUUCCUAUUGUUAUUUUAGCAAACAAAAUUGAUAUAACUGGAGCUGCAGGAGAAGAAGAAUUAAGAUUAAACUUUGGUUUAGCAAAUAAAACAUAAUUCGGAAUUGAAAAAGUAACAGAAUUGGAUGGAAGAUAAGUGGAAUUAUUUAUGUGUUCCGUGGCUAAAAAAAUUGGUUAUGCAGAUGGAUUCUAAUGGAUUUCGAAAUUCUUAAAUUGAG